GGCAUGAAGGGGCUGGGCGCUCUCCUUCGAGUGGCGCUUGCCGCUGUCCCUGCCGGAGCCCGCCAGUUCCGCACCGCCUGCCCUCGGCCCGCCUUCGCCAAGGAACUUUUCCUGGGCCGCUUUCGGAAGGAGGAGGUUUUUCCUUAUCCUGAGAUUAGCAAUGAAGAAUUGGAGGAAAUUAACCAGUUUGUAGGGCCUGUAGAAAAAUUCUUCAGUGAAGAAGUGGAUUCUAAGAAAAUUGACCAGGAUGCUAAAAUUCCUGAGGAGACGCUUAAUGGACUAAAGAACCUGGGGCUUUUUGGCAUACAGAUUCCAGAGGAAUAUGGUGGCCUUGGUCUUUCAAAUACAAUGUAUGCACGUUUGGGAGAAAUUACUUCUCAAGAUGGAGCUAUUGCAGUAACGUUAGCUGCUCACCAGGCUAUAGGACUAAAGGGAAUCCUUAUUGCAGGCACUGAAGAACAAAAGAAGAAGUAUCUACCUAAACUGGCAUCUGGGGAACACGUCGCAGCAUUUUGUCUCACAGAGCCAGGAAGUGGAAGUGAUGCUGCAUCUAUUCAGACUAGAGCAACUUGGAGUGAAGAUGGCAAAAGUUUUUUAUUAAAUGGUUCAAAGAUAUGGAUAUCAAAUGGUGGUAUUGCAGAUAUUUUUACCGUGUUUGCAAGGACAGAGGUGGUUGACAAAGAUGGUGCAACCAAAGACAAAAUUACUGCUUUCAUCGUAGAAAGAGCUUUUGGUGGGAUCACUAAUGGAAAGCCAGAGGAUAAACUGGGCAUUCGAGGAUCUAACACUUGUGAAGUGCACUUUGAAAAUACGAAAAUUCCUAUAGAGAAUGUUAUUGGAGAAAUAGGAGGAGGAUUUAAGGUUGCUAUGAAUAUCCUAAACAGUGGAAGAUUCAGCAUGGGCAGUGCAUCUGCUGGAAUGCUUAAGAAACUGAUAGAAAUGACAUCAGAGUAUGCUUGCACAAGAAAACAGUUUAAUAAGAAGCUAAGUGAGUUUGGAUUAAUUCAGGAGAAAAUUGCCCUUAUGGCUCGGAAAGCAUAUGUGAUGGAAAGCAUGGCAUACCUGACUGCAGGAUUGAUGGACCAACCAGGAAUUCCAGAUUGCUCGGUUGAAGCAGCCAUGGUUAAGGUGUUUAGUUCUGAAAAUGCAUGGGUUUGUGUCAGUGAAGCUUUACAAAUCCUUGGUGGCCUUGGCUACAUGAAAGAUUACCCAUACGAGCGCUAUCUCCGGGAUUGCAGGAUACUUCUAAUUUUUGAGGGAACAAAUGAAGUUCUACGAAUGUAUAUUGCUUUGACGGGAAUGCAGCAUGCAGGCAAAAUCUUAACCGAAAAAAUCAAGGAAAUCAAGAAGGGAAAUGUGGGCAUGGCAUUGGGAAUGUUUGUGAACAGGCUCCGUGACAGCAUGGGCCGAAAAGUAGAUUUAGGACUUGUUGGUAAAGGUGGAGUAGUACAUCCCAGUCUGGAAGAAAGUGCCAAAAAACUUGAGCAGAAUGUGUACUACUUUGGAGUGACAGUAGAAGGCUUGCUGAGAAGGUUUGGCAAGACUAUUGUGGAUGAGCAACUGGUUCUAAAAAGAGUGGCAGACAUCCUUAUUAAUCUGUAUGCAAUGACAGCUGUUAUUUCUAGAGCUAGCCGAUCCAUCAGUAUUGGUUUGCGGAAUCAUGAUCACGAGGUGUUACUUGCAAAUAUUUUCUGCACUGAAGCUGGUUUCCAGAAUAAUUAUGCAAUGGCACAGUUAGAAAAAUAUGCUCCUGAAAACUUGGAUGACAGCAUUAAAAAAGUGGCAAAGCAGGUGCUGGAAAAGAGAUCCUAUAUCUGUUCCCAUCCACUUGACAGAACGUUCUGAAGGUGGGAAUGAUGACAGGAUUGC